AUGAUAAGACGCAGUCUGGCACACCCGAUAAGCGCGGGCAAGCACGUGCAGACGUGCGCGCACAUGCGUAUCUACCAGGGCAUACCCGGGCAUACAAGUGUACGGCCGCGGACCCGGGCUUUCGCCGCGCUAGCGCAGCCUUUCCUGGAGCUACCGAGUCACUUGCCGUGGGGCGCGUCGUAUGCGGGUGUGAUAGUGGCAUGUUCGCUCGCCCUGCGCGCCACCAUCACUCUCCCUCUAUCAAUCUGGCAGCGUCGGCGCACAGCGCGGCUAGAGCACCGCGUGAAGCCAGCGCUGGACGUGUGGGCGAUUGAGCAGAAAGGGGUGUGUCGGCGCGAAUGUCGUGCGGCGGGGCUGAGCUAUGAUGCGUAUACGAAGGAGUGGACUCGACGCUACAAGCGACAGCGCAGGGCACUCGCACAGAUGCACAACUGCUCAGUCCUUCCAACCGUUCUUCUCCCGCCUCUCAUAGGCAUACCAGUGUUUAUUGCCGUGUCUAACACCCUCCGCGUGGCCUCAGCUGUGGCUUUGACUCAGCCGCACACUGCAGACGGUGGCCAUGGCCUCGCGGAGGAAUCGCUUUCCCUUCCUUUCUUGGAUUAUCCCUCGCUCGCCCUCCCAGCAACUGACCCCACCGUCGCGCUCAUGAUCGGUGCGGCGUUCCUCACCAAUACGGAAAUCACGACCAAUUUGCGCAGAAAAUUGCUAGAGAUACGCACCCCGCCAUCUAAUACGGGUGUCGAGGAUGAGCAGAAGGAUAGCGCGCAGACGCCGCAAGAAAAUAACACACGUAUGGAUAUGGGUGUGCACGAGAAGGGCGUCACUAUCCUCCUGCGCAGUCUCUCACUCGGCAUGAGCUGGUUUGCACUCAGCAUACCCCUCUCCCUCGCUCUUUAUUGGCUCACGAGUGCCGUCUUCUCCGUCGGCCAGACUACCAUUCUUGGCAUGUUGGCCAAUCGCGACGCGAGAAAUCACGUAAAAAAUGAUAUAGAACUGCUACGUGAUCACAGAGUGCAGCAGUAUAGACUCGCGGAACAGAAGGCGAACUUGGCUAAAUCUAGAAGACGUUAA